AUGGGAGCAACUCUACAGACACAGCCGAAUAGUGACAUCGAAUCAUUUACGACCAGGAUAUCAGCGAACUCGGGCCAAUCCCAGGAUUGGCAGCUACCACUAUCACCUAGCGUUGAGAUGGAUAGCUUCACAACGACCAGAAACGGUACAUUACCGCCGAGAGAUGUUCUGGAAGAUGUCAUUGAUGCCUAUUUCCAAUACUGUCACAAGCAGCCUUUGUGGCUAUUCGCCCGGGAAGACUUUUCUUCAAUACAGGAAUGUAGUGAGGAGACACUAUUAACCUUGCUCGCCCUUGCUUCAUGCCAUUCCAAGCAUCCUUUCUACCAAGAUCGUCAGCACGAAUUGAGUCAAAGUUAUGCACAGGCUGCAAGAGAGGGGAUCAUGCAGCAGGUGGGUGAGGGCAAGGUCUCAAUAACGUCAAUUCAGAACCUCUGCAUGCUGACGCUGGCCAAUAUACAAGCCAACAAAACAACCCUGGCAUACCUUCACGUAGGCAUGGCAGUUACACUUGCUAAGUGUGCGAAUCUCGAUGUUGAGACCUGCGCCUUUGAGGACUUUGGCUCGCGCGCAGAAACACGGAGACGAGUGUUCUGGAGCCUGCACUUGCUACAGCAGAUGUAUGGACAUCAGUCCUUCACCACGGACAUCUUGCAAGAUAUUAAUAGACCGCAAUACGUUGCAACUUAUACAGGCCCGCGAAAGAGCGUCAAUGAAAUGCCCCCUGCUAUUCCACACGAGGACAUUUCAGGUCAAGACGAAACAACGAGUGCUGAUAAGAAGAGCGGGACAUGGGCCUAUAUGAUCCAGACUUCUACGCUGUGGGGAGAGGUCCGCACAUACGUUAAGCAAUGGGCUCAGCAGACCAACAACGCACCACCUCCUUGGUCCAUCGAGUCGGGAUACGCAGUCAUCAACGCCUAUCUCAUGGACUCGGAGACAAAAUUCCCCGACCGCCACAGAUUCGAUAGCGCGCGAUUCACUGACCAGGAAAGCCGACACCUCCAGAGCAAUCGAGGGUAUUGGAGUCCGUGGGUAUAUCAGCAGUUUGCUUAUCACACAAUACAUAACAUGCUCAACCAUCCGUUUCUGUAUUCAUCGCGGCCGCAACAAUCAGCUCAACUGGGAGUUCCCAACACAUUCUGGAAAACCUCCUCUGAACUAGCUUUUAUUCACAGCACAUGGGUUACGCGCCUCAUUGAGAUGGUUGUGCAUAAAGAGUAUCGCGUCUCGGAUCCAUUCAUUGGUCAUUGCGCGGCGAUUGCGGCGACCAUUCAUAUCUACUUUUGCCGGGCGGCUGACAAGACUACUAGAGAUGCAGCUCUUGAUAGACUGGCGAAAUGCGUUGCAUUUUUGGCCGAAUUGGCCUUGCUUUGGCCUUCAUGCAGGUGGUUGCACGACAGGCUCCAGUCUUUGAUCCGGGCAGCUUUCGAGAUAGACCAUGAGCAAGAGAAGGACCAAGAUGUCCCAUCACCGAGGACCAUUUCGAUCAACACGCGUUUAAUGUGGGAUAUACUCCUUUACAACUCUGGCGCUUACAGGGGCAUGGCGAGUUCUCCUCAGACAAGAAGUCUUUUCGAUGGCAGCUCUCUGUUCCCAGAGGACAACACGGACGACGGGGAAGACAUCGUUGAGAUAGAUAAUUUUCAUAGCCCAACUGUUGAAGUUACUUUAGGCAAUGGCCAGGCAUUGCCACCACAGUCCGGGCGGCGAAGAGCGAGAUCUGAUCGGGGAACCCAGGAGGCCCGAAGCACCCAACCAGAUCCUCCAGCUCAAUCGUCUUCUGUUCCAGAAGCUUUUGGGGGCUCUACGGAACAUACGCCCCUUGCUUCUUGGCCUAUGUCUUUGGAUAUGGCGUAUGAUCCGUUCUUUCAAUUCCAAGAUUCAGGCGGUCCCUUUUUUGGGACCUGGGAAGUGGGAAAUCUCUAG